UAUCCAUUUAAAUCACAAUUUGACGCCCUCGUUUAAAUGAAUUGUUUUUUUAAAUACCAAACAAAUAUAAUUUGUUAUUUCUAUAUGAUAAGCUGGUCAGGCUUGAUUAGAGUUCGAUAAACCUCCUAUUUGAACACACCCCAUACAAACAUGCAUGUCAAGAGAAAGGAGGGAUUAUAUAAAUGGCAUUUGGUUUCUUUACAUUUCCCGUGCAAGGCAGUUCUGGAAACUGGAUUUAAAACAACUUUACAAAAUGGGAACUUUUACGAAAAUCCUAUUAGCUAGCAUAUGUGUUGCUUUCCUAGCUGUCAAGUGGACUGCACCCAGGUUUGAUGCAGAAUCUCUCAGAGGUGCCAGGGUAUUGGUGACUGGGGCCAGUACGGGUAUUGGUGAACAAAUGGCAUAUCACUAUGCCUCCUUUGGAGCCCAGGUAGUAAUUACAGCAAGGAGGGAGAAAGUGUUACAGCAGGUGGCAGAGAAGUGCCUGAGUUUGGGAGCCCAGAAAGCAUUCUACAUAGCAGCAGACAUGGCCAGUGAGUCAGACCCUGACAAAGUGGUAGAUUUUGCUCUGGAAAAGCUCGGAGGGUUGGAUUACCUGGUUCUCAACCACAUUGGCCCGAGCCCCUUCAGCAUGUGGGAGGGAGAUGUGGAGCACACCAGGUGGCUGAUGAAGGUCAACUUCUUCAGCUAUAUUCAGAUGGCUUGGAAAGCUUUGGCCUCCCUUGAGCAAAGUAAAGGAUCACUAGUGGUUGUUUCAUCACUUUUAGGUAAAAUGUCCAGUCCCUUCGUGGCACCGUAUACCUCAACAAAAUUUGCCUUGAAUGGUUUCUUCGGGACCCUUCAGCAUGAGCUGGCUAUGAAGAGGAGCAAUGUGUCCAUCUCUAUAUGUACACUGGGGCUCAUUGAUACUGAAGCAGCUAUGGAGAAAGUCAGGGGAGUCACUAAUGUACCAGCCUACCCUGCCAAAGAGGCUGCCUUGAACAUCAUCAUUACAGGAGCUACAAGACAGCUGGAGCUCUUCUACCCUUGGUUCACCCACAUUCUGACUCUUACCAAAGACUGGUUCCCUUCAAUCAUAAACUAUAUCAUCCAGAACUCCUACAACUACAGCCCAUGAGAAACAUUUGUCUGUAGUAUCAUUAUGCGUGUCCUAGAUUCAGUAUAUGGGUUAUUAUUUGGUUUAGAGCUUUGAUUUCAUAUUGAUCAUGUAUUGAUACACACUGGGCAUGAUGAUGCUGUGGACAGCCCUUCAGUUCAGGUCCAGUCAUAAAAAAGUCCACAGGGGAGAAAAGCGAGUAAGAAAAAGGAUGUUCAACUGAAGAAAGGGGAUGCAUCUUCAUUAACUGAGAUUCAGUGGUGGUUGGAACAUCAAACAUUUGACAUUACUCCAAUUCUGUGGUAAAAAGGCUUGGUAAAAGAAGAAACAAAUAAAAAAAAACAUUAUCUCCAAAUCACA